AUGCGCAAGCCACUGAGCCUCACUGUUGAGGAUUUCCGCAACCCGGAAAUAUUUUCAUGUCCCCCUCUCCCAUUACCAGCUCUCAAGUUCUCAACUUUCUGGUACUGCAACGAUAGCAUUCAAUACUUCAUAUCUACUGGUUCUAUCCCUCAGCCAGCUGUCAUUAUGGCUACUUCCUUCGAGUCAUCUUGCUCAUCGCUUUAACACCGCCAGCCUUUCCCAUACCAACCACUGGAUACAUCCAAGCACGAUAUUCGCCUUCUUCAAAUAUUACCAGAUUUGUCAACAGACGGCCUGAUUCAAUGUCAACUCAGACACAGCACACUUUCCAAAGCAUCAGGAUACGUUGCCCUCUCAUAUUGCUGGGGCGAUCCUGUAAUAACCCAGGACAUUGUAGUGAAUGGGAUUGUGGUUCCUGUGACAGAAAAUCUGGAAUCAGCAUUGGACCAAUUUCAGGAUCCUUACAGCACGUCUCGAAGGCUGUGGGUUGACGCGAUAUGCACCAAUCAGCAUGACCUUGAAGAGAAAGGGUUUCAAAUUCAGCUGAUGAGCAGGAUCUACGCGGAAGCGAGUGAGGUUUUGGUUUGGCUUGGGCGGGCUUAUGGCGGCUGGGAGGCUAAGUUUCGAUUCCAAAAGAUCAUUGCCCUUGCACGGAAUGACCUAAUGUUUGAUAUACAUCUUAUAUGGUCGGUCAUAAAGGACGAUUACUGGCAACGUGUGUGGAUAAUUCAAGAGAUCACUAUGGGUAUCAAGGUGUGGAUUGUAUGUGGAAACGAAUGAAUCUCUUGGGAAGACCUCACUAUUGGGCUUCAGAAAUGGUACGAUGUGCACAAAACUAUCACGUACAAUGGAGAUAUCAAUCAACGCAGAGUAAAGUUGAUUAUAGACCUUAAACGGUUCUCUGAUAAAGAAAAGAUUUCUUUCUUUGAUGCUAUGGUCGCGACCCGGCUCUCCAAAUCUACUGAGCUAAGAGACAAAGUGUUGGGCAUACUUGGCAUCACGGCUGAUGGACAAUACAUACUUCCUACGCCAAGCUACGUCAAGUCCGAUUUCGAAAUCAACCUCGAGAUAUCUAGCUCUCUCAUUCGAAUUUACCAAGAAAUGCUGCAUCACAUAUUUCUUUGGAGUGACUUGGAGCAAAAGGAAGGGCCAUCAUGGCUCCCCAAUUGAUUCAACAUUCCAGCGGAACUGUCUGCAUGGACAGCUACUUCCCCAAAAUGGAUAGAAGUUGCUGAACAAGGAGCUUCUGCAAUUUGCACCAUGUAUCCUGCACUAAUGAAAAACCUUGUCGUUACCACUUCAACACAAACUUGUUUGCAACUUUCUGGGAAGAGAAUUGGCCUUGUGGGAGAGUGUCUUUUGCCGUGCCGACCUCAAUAUGCAAAUCACAUUUUACAGAGAAUACUCGAAUUGAUUGACCUCCCGUAUGAUACUGAUGCUACUGAUGAUAAUAUCAGGUUUAAGAGAUAUACAAAGCGAGGCAGCUUUGCAAAAUACGCGUUCUCUUAUCGUUGGCUGGACCACCAAAAAGAUUUAAAAAUUGGAGGCCACUCUCUAUUGGAAUGGGCUUCAUUGAUAAGUGAACCGGUUACUCCGAUGAACGGUAUCCUCUCACAGAACGCUGGCAUUGACUACCACUGGGAAGUUAGACUUCAGGCUUUUCAGAGACACUGUAUGCCGCUUUUCACUGCUUCUGAUGGAAUCAUAGGAUUGGGACCAGUUGAAGCUAAGCCAGGUGACUAUGUUUUCCAACUCAGCGGCUGCGUUGCAAUAUUGAGGGAACACUUGGAUGGAUAUAAACUCAUUGGUCAGGCUUUUGUGAAUGUCGCCAAUUAUGCGAAAAUAUCUACCAACGAAGCUAUCAAAGCAACAAAGGUUCCAGGGUACUUGCCUUAUACUCUACUUCCUCUGUCAAAGCGUCGGAAGCGGCGAUUGGGCUUUGGCGAGCUUUUGUGGGAGAACUAUGAGCCAGACUUGACGAAUUUGAAGGAAGAAGAGAUCAAACUGUACUGA